GUUUUAUAUAUACGUCUGACAAUAAAAAAGUUAGAAGUAUUAGUAAAAAUGUUUGAUUAAAUAUUACUUUAUUUAUGUAUAGAAUUGCUUUAAUAUUAAAGUGUUUCCUUUGGUUUCUAGGAAAAUGGGAUGUAGAUUUAAGUUGGUUACCUUACUUCUCUAAUCCAUAUACAUAAUAUAUUAAUAUUAGAGAAGCAAAAUAUCUGAUUGAUAAUAACUACAAUCCAUAUAGUACGGAUGGAAUAUUUUAAAAACCUUUAAUUGUUUAUGGAUUAAUUAUUAUUGAUAGUGACUUAGUAUUUCUGAUAACUGAUAUUUUAUUAAGCUUUUUAGUAGUAUAUUUAUUUGGGGCAAAAUAAGGAUAUAGAAAGUCUAUUUUGCUAUUUUAUCAUUUAAAUCCAAUUACUGUAAAUAUGAUUGAUAUUGUAGUUUGCAAACAUUAUCCUAAAGAAUACAAAUGUAUUUGAUCACCUAUUUAUGUUAUUGACCAUAUUUUCUGCACUUAAAAUUAAAUUUUUAUCACCAAUAUUAUUUGGAUUUUUACUAUAUUUAAAUCCAUAAUAUUUUAUAAUAUUUGCUGCAAUUAGUGUAAUCUUUAGAAGAGAAAGUCAAACAACCUAAAAGUUUGCUCUUAAAUUGAUAGCAUUUUUAUUAAUAAGUGCUUUAACAAUUUGGUGUUUAUUGCAUUUAUCUUAUUUAAUAACUGGAGAUUGGUAAUUUAUUGAAAAAACUUAUAUUGAUUUUUAUUUUCCAAAAGAUCACAAACCAACAAUUGGAUUUUUAUGGGCAUUAUUUUCAGGGGUAAAUUUGAUAAUAAUAAUGUAGUUAUUUUCAAAAUAUAAAUAAUUAUAUCAUGCUUUUUUUAUUUUGUUACCUGUUUGUUAUAUUCUACCAUUAUAUAAUUUAUUUGUGAAAUAUGCAAAAAGAGAGAAGGAUUAUCUUGGAUUUAUGAUAGGAGUAUCUUUAUUUGUAAUAAUGAAUAAUAAAUAUUUUAGUGUAGUUUUUUGUACUUCUAAUAUAUUGCAAUAUCAGAUUUAGUAAUAAUUUUUAUACUAUUAUUUUAACGAUAUGAUUGGUUAUUUAAUUCAUUGCCAACAAUAGUAAUUAUUCAUGCUGGAUGCUUAAUAUUAUUUUUAGGAGGUGGAUUACAAUUUAUAUGGACUCAUUCUUUUACAGGAAAUCCAAAUUUUACAUUCUUUUAAGUUUUUGUAUCAUAUGUAUUUUAUGUGAUUUUGGUUUCUGAAGGAAUAAGAGAAAUGCUAAAAUUCAGAACAAUAUAAAAAAAAGAAGAGAAAGAAAAAAUUAAAGAAGCAGUAGAAGAAGAAGAAUAAUAAUUAAAAGAUGAAAAAAAAGAAAGUAAAUAAAGUGACAAAAAAUUAAAAGGAGAUUGAAAAAAAUAAGUUU